AUGGUUGGAAAAGAUAGCUGUUACUGCGAUAGAAAAUCUUCACAUCUAGUUUUUCUCUUUAAAUCACCACUCACCCCUGCUAUCAAUUAUCACUGCGAUUUAUCUAAGGCAUCAUUCGAUCUCGAAAUUUUAAAUGAAGCUAAGGACCUCAAAAAAGAUGGAAACAAUUUCACGUACAUGUUCGGAGUGGGUGAUUUAGAUUUAAGUAUGUUCCCUUAUUUUGUCACCAGUUCUACAGCAAUCAUCAGUAAUUUUGACGGCAUACACGUCAUAGCUAGUAUUCGAGGUGGAGGUGAAUAUGGCAACAAAUGGCAUGAAGGCGGAAUGAUGGAGAAAAAACAGAAUUCUUUCGACGAUUUCAUAGCCGCUGCUGAAUAUCUGAUUGCAGAAAAGUACACAAAUAGCAAACUACUCGCUAUUGAGGGUGGAGGUGCAAACGGAGGUCUUUUAGCAGGUGCUUGUCUUACUCAAAGACCCGACUUGUUUGGAGCCGUUUACGUCGAUGAAGGAACAUUGGAUAUGUUGCGAUUUGACAAAUUUACACAACAAAAGGUAUUAGUAAGCGAGUAUGGUUCGCCUACUGAUCCAAAAUUUUUCCCUCUUUUGCACAAGUACUCACCUUUACAUAAUAUUAAAAUUCCAGAAGGUUGUGACAAGCAAUAUCCUGCUGUCAUGUUGUACGCCGAAGGCCUUUGUGAUCCAGAUGCGCCUCUCCACUCAUUGAAAUUCAUCGCCACAUUACAAUACGAGGCUAAGAAACACUCCAAUCAGAAAAAUCCUUUCAUUCUCAGUAUGAAAACAGAUACCGAUGAUACUAGUAAAUCUGAUAAACCAGACGAUCAUAUGUAUGACGAUAUCAUAGACAUGAUGUCUUUCUUCAUAAUCAACCUCGGAAUCAAGUUCCAUCCUAUCUUCAAAUAA